AUGAAAUUUCAUCCAAUACCAGCACUGCAGGUAGAUAUGCGUGCAGAGUCUCAAAUUGAGUCUUUUCUAAAGAAAGAGCGUCAACGAGAGGGAACCAAAGAAGAAACAUCAUUUAAUGGAAGAUUAUCAAGUAAAGAGACAUUUCCAACUAUUCGUCUCUUAAAUGUUCCAAAGUCUACUUUAAAACGUGCAGUUUUAGAGUUUUAUGUGCGGGGAAAGGCGGUUACGGCGAUAGGGCAAUCUACACGUGCAAAGAGAGCAAAGAUACUCUGUUGUAUGCAUGCACUUCAACUUAUUGAUCAUUUCUCACUUGAUGCUAGUGAGACUUCUUCUACGCCUACUCCAUUACCAUUAGAGGAGGAAGCACCUACAUGGAAUUCUUCUUCUACAAAAUCAAUGUCAUUUUCAGUUAUUCGAUCUUCUUCAUCUUCUACAAUUAAUACGACUGAUACCCCUCCACAACCAAAUGCAUAUAAACGAUGGGAAGAUUAUGUAGCAGAUAGUGAGUUGUACGUUAAACGUCAAGAAGAGAGAGAACGAAAUGAAGCAUAUGCACAAAUGCGUAUUCCAUUAACAGGAAAUAUGCUAGUUGAUAGAGCAACUAGAAUUACAGAAAAUGAAAGGUGUACAAAUCAAUUAGCCCUUCAACAACUUAAUAAUCAAAUUCGAGGUGCCACUAAAGAGAUGAAUGUGGUUCAAGUAAUGCGCCGUGUUUUUGUGUCUACUCUCGUUCUAGAUAGUGCGACACAUCUUAGUGCUAUUGGUGUUGCUAAUACUCCAAAGGAAGCUAAACAACGUACUGCUAUGCAUGCAUUAAAUAUUCUAAAGCUUGUAAAAGAGCAACGUCAAGAAUCUACAAGAGGAAAUACAGUAAGAACAGCAACAAACUUUGGAGGUAGUGGAAGUUGUGUUUCUUCUAAUGCUUUAUCAACAAGUCUUACUCCACGAUAUGGGAAAAUGCUGGAUUUUUUUACACUUCUUUGUGAUGUAACCCCAUCUUCAAAGUAUACGAAAGAAAGCAAUUGUUAUACGUGUCAGAUGGAAUUAGAUGGAGUCAAGUGCACAGGGCGUGGUAUCAAUAGAUUUGAAGCAGAGCGCAAUGCCAUUGAGACCGCACUAACAGAAAUGGAAUUAUAUGAUGAAAGACUACAAGCCAUCAAUAGUCUUAUUUCAAGAUAUCCUAAUAUGCAACCUCAAACUAUUCCUAGUGUCACCCUACCAGAAUCACUACGGAAUGAAAUUCAUUCCUUUGUACAACAAUGUCGUAAGGAACUUCAUUUACCAGAGGAAACCAUUCAAACUGUACAUACUACUACUACUACUACUACUACUACUACUAAUAGUGAGAAAGAGAAUGAGAAUUCUGUACCCUCUAGUAGUAGUGAGACUGUUGUGGAUGUUGAGACGCGUGCGACUCUUGCGGCGUUGGAGGCGUCCCCGCACGAUGCGGCGUACUCCUCCACUCUUCUCUCCCGUCUGCGGGCGCUGCGGCUGGACGCGGUGUAUCUCUCGCAGUUCCACCCCCGCCGCUCGUCCCUCCCCAUCGCGCGGGCGGAGGCGCAACUCCACUCGGCGCUCGCCACGCAGCGGGCGGUGGUCGUCUGCGGGGCGACCGGCUGCGGGAAGACGACGCAAGUCCCGCAGUUCCUCCUCGACGCCGCGACCGCCGCCGGCUGCGGGGGGGCCUGUCGGGUGAUCGUCACGCAGCCGCGGCGCCUCAGCGCGUGUGGGGUCGCCGCCCGCAUCGCCGCGGAGAGACGCGAGCGCAUCGGCGAGACCGUCGGGUACGCCGUGCGACUGGACGCGCGGCCGGGGCGGCACAUCACACUCUGCACAACAGGCGUGCUGCUGCAGCUGCUGGUGGGGUCCCCGGCGCUGGAGACGGUGAGUCAUCUCGUGAUUGAUGAGGUGCACGAGCGGGAUGUGAACUGUGAUGUGCUGCUGGCAUUGGUGCGGCAGAUUCUGCAGCGUGGGAAUCCACGACUGCGGGUGGUGCUUAUGAGUGCAACCAUGCAAUCCGAAAAGUUUGCCGCGUACUUUGGGAAUGUACCCGUCAUUAAUGUGGAGGGAACGACAUAUCCUGUGAAGGAAAGGUAUCUGGAAGAUAUUGUUCAACUCUUGCAUAAGUCUUCCAUGGCGAAUUACUAUAGUCCUAUGUUUGACGUACUAGAUAAUAAGAUAUCACAAUCUAGAAGAGGUAAAAAUAUCACCAGUAAUCGUAAUUCUGGUUUUCGUGGUAAAACACAACUUCUCACAACACCGUUAAAAACAGAUUAUGGUCUUAUCGCACGUCUUAUUGAGUUAAGUGUAAGUAUAGAUCUUCAAAAUGAAGUUUCUGGAAAAUCUAUUCUGGUAUUUUUACCAGGAUGGAAAGAACUAAUUGCGGCUAAGCAAGCUCUUGAAAAUAUUACAACUAAUAGACGAUAUCACAUUAUUCUUCUUCACUCUUCUGUAGAUGCAGAAAAACAACGACAAUGUUUUGAACCUGCUCCUGAAGGAUAUAUUAAAGUAGUUUUUGCUACAAAUAUAGCUGAGAGUGGUAUUACUAUAGAUGAUGCAGCUGUAGUUAUUGAUACAGGUUUAAUUAAACAAACAACGUGGGUUCCACGAGAUAGUGGUUCUCUUUGUAAAACACAUACUUCAUCCUUUGCUACUCAUCUUACUUUACAAUAUGCAAGUCGUGCAAAUUGUACUCAACGUAAAGGUCGUGCUGGACGAACUCAAGGAGGUGUAUGUUAUCGACUCUUUACACGUGAGAUAUGGGAUGCCUUACCAUCCUUUCAAGAAGCGGAAAUUCAUCGUGUACCUCUUACACAGGUGUUACUUAAAUUACUUUCACUUGGUUAUACCAAACCGAAGGAAACUCUUGGUACUUUUAUUGAACCUCCAUCUGUUCGAAAUGUAGAGGCAUCCCUACAUCAACUCCAGUGUCUUGGCGCCGUAACGGCAACGGAAGAAUUAACACCUCUGGGUUUAUAUCUUUCACGACUUCCAUGUGAUCCACCUAUUGGAAAAAUGAUUAUGAUGGGUGUUGUACUACGAUGCUUAGAUUCUGCAUUAACUAUGGCAGCUACUGCUGAUGUGAGUCCAUUUUUGGCAAAUCGUGAGUUAUCUUUUGAAAUACGUCAACGACGUCAUAUACUUGCUAUGGGAUCUCAGAGUGAUCAUAUUAGUGUAUUAAAUGCUUAUAACGCUUUUUGUGCCAGACGUGGAGAUGUUAAUUUUGCACGAGAAAAUUUUCUUCAUAUGGGUAAUCUUCGUUUAAUAUCACGUUAUAAAGAACAAUAUCGUGAAAUAUUACGUCGUUCAGGAUUUAUUCGUAGUGAUGAGUUAAACUCUCUUGAUGUUCCUGGUAAUAAUAAUAAUAAUGAUAAUGAUGAUGAUGAUGGAUUCUUGGUAAGUGAUGAUACCUCCUCUAUGGAGCAACUAUAUGUUGAUUCUGGACCACUCUCUUCAGAUGCUUCUGAUGUAACACUUGUAAAGGCAUGUUUAUGUGCUGCGUUAUUCCCAAAUGUCGCGGUAUUAGAUCCAGCACCGUUAUUGCAGGGAUCGACAAAAACAAAAAAACUGGUAAUGCGCACCUCUACACGUGUAAGCAUUUCUCCAUCAAAGGAUAGUGCAUGUCGUCGUCUAGGACCACCACGUAGCCAUGGAGUUCUUACUGCACAGGAAUUCUUUGAUCAAGAAACCCAUGACAAUGAUGAGAAUAAUAAUAAUAAUAAUAGUAAUAGUAUUAGUGGACCUUUUACUCCUUCAAUGUUGUAUAUGUAUCAGAAUGUGUUUGGUGUACGGGAGUCACGAGAAGAGUUUCUCACACAAGUCUCCUCUGUAAGUCUCUGGGCGCUGCUACUCUUUGGUGUGGGUGAGGCCGAUAUGCAGUUUGAUCCUCUGCUCAAUCUCUGCAUUGUUGGUGGCUGGAUUGGUAUUAAAAUAGACUCCAGCUCCUUUGCAGCUAUGCAGGCCCUACGUACAACUCUACACGCUGUUGUUUGGCGAAAAUAUAAACAUCCGGAUGAUGAUAAAAAUAAUAAAGCGCUUGAAGUGCUUAGAGGUUUGUGUAAGGCGGUUCUUAAGUCUCCACCAAAUGAUAGGGAGCAAUACAUCAACCGUCUAGUGGAUACUGGACGUAUUGUUUCUCCAACAAAAAUGGAGCCUUUCACAAAUAUCUCUGGCGACAAUACUGUUGAUGAUGAUAUUGAUGAUGACACAGAUGAUGCUAAUGCUAAUGGUGAUUAUCAUGAUGAUAAUGGUAGUCCUGUUAAAGGAAAAACAGAAAAGAAAAGAACUUGUUUUGCGUAA